AUGUCGAAAGAGAAUACAAAAGCUAUUUUAUCUUUUGACCAAUUGAAAAAUCUUCGUGAAGAUUAUCAAAAAGACAAAAGAAAUCUCGUGGCUCAAUCGGCAUGUUGUCAACAAUCACUUACAGAUAUUAUUGUCAAUCGACAAACACGUUUUUCAUCAGUUCAUGUAUUCAAUACAAAGCUAUCGGUCGAAGGCCGUCCUGUAACAAAUCAAAAAGCUUCAGGUCGCUGUUGGAUAUUUGCUGGUUUAAAUGUAAUGCGAAUUCAAUUGAUGAAAUCACUUAAAAUUCAAGAACUAGAAUUCAGUCAAAACUAUCUUUUUUAUUAUGAUAAAAUUGAGCGAUGUCAUUAUUUUCUUAUGUCAAUGAUUCAAUUAGCAAAAAAGAAGGAACCAGUACAUGGUCGACUUGUGCAAUAUCUUCUACAAGAAUUACUCAUUGAUGGAGGUCAAUGGGAUAUGUUGGUUAAUUUAAUAAAUAAAUAUGGUGUGAUACCAAAAAAUACUUUUCCUGAAAGUUCAUCAUCUGAAGCAGCUCUUCAAAUGAAUAAAUUUCUUCGUACUAAAUUACGUGCAUUUGCUCAAGAAAUUUUUGAAUCAGUUGAAAAAGGAAAUACCAACGAUAGUGAUUUGAUGAAUCGUGAGGCUGAAAUGAUGAAAGAACUUCAUCGAAUUAUUACGACAUGUCUUGGUUCACCACCAGAACAGAUCACAUUUGAAUAUUAUGAUAGUUCAAAACAGUAUCAAAAAAUUGGUCCAAUUAGUCCAAUUGAAUUUUAUAGGCAAAUUGUUAAACCAGUCUUUAAUGUGGAUAAUAAAGUAUGUCUUGUACAUGAUCCUCGAGUUUCACAUCCAUAUGAACGUUUAUAUACGGUUGAAUAUCUUGGAAAUAUUGUUGGUGGUCGAAAUACUUUAUACAACAAUCAACCUAUUCGAGUACUUAAACAAGCCGUAUAUGAUUCAAUUGCUGCUGAUGAAGCUGUUUGGUUUGGUGUUGAUUUUGGUAAACAUAUGCAUGCUAAAUAUGGAAUACUUGAUUUAAAAAUAUUUGAUACUCAACUUUAUUUUGAUUCAAGUUUUCCAUGUCAAAAUAAAGCAUCACGAUUAGAAUAUGGUGAAUCAUUAAUGACACAUGCUAUGGUAUUUACAGGCGUUCAUGUUGAAAAACGUUCAUCAAAUGAAAUAAACAAUAAAACAAAAACAUCUGAUGAUGAAGAAAGUCAACCUGAUGAUUUACAAUUUAUUCGAUAUCGUGUAGAAAAUUCACAUGGUGAUGAUAAAGCUGAUAAAGGUUAUGUUGUUAUGACUGAUGAUUGGUUUAAUGAAUAUUUAUAUGAAGUUGUUGUCGAUAAAAAAUAUCUUUCAAAAGAAGUUCUUGCUGUUCUUGAUCAAGAAGCAAUUAUUUUAGAAGCAUGGGAUCCUAUGGGUGCUUUAGCAGAUUAUUGUAGAAGAAUCGAAUAA